UCCAUGAACUCACUUGUGCGUCGAAUUAUGUGCAAGAAAUUCGUUAAUAUUUCGACAUCCAGUGGCCCUACGUGUUAUUCAUAUAUACAAGGGAGUAGUUAUCAUAGCUCACCAAGUCUGUGUAAAUAUUCUAACACUAGAAACAACAUAAGGAAGCUAGAAAAGAUGCUUAUUCAGAAAAAGAAAAAAUUCUACUAUGAUCCAAUGAAUGUUUCACAGCUUGGAAAAUUGGCAACUGGAGUAAGCGGAGGCAAGACCAAGGUGCAGCGGGAGGAUAGCAUCCGUCUUCGAACCUACAACAAGAUUCUUUUUGAUAAUCUGAGGGACAUGAUGACUACAAACCUUGUCAGUGAUGAACUGGAAGAACUUCAAGUCUCUAUAAUAAGGGUACAAGUCUCUGGUGAUAUGAGCGCAUGCCGAGUGUUCUGGAUGGCAACCGGCUCAGUGGAAGAAGACGAUAGAAUUGAAGAAAUUCUCAACCGAUACAGAGGUCCUCUCAGGAGAGCCUUAAUCUCCCAUCGAGUUUUAGGAAAAAUUCCUCCGAUCUUCUUCAUGAAAGACAAAGUGAGUGCAAACAUCUCACAGGUAGAGAGACUUCUCUCCAUCGCGGAUUUUGGACCCAAGGAGGAGCUGCCGGAAGAAAAACAUCUUGAAGAGGAAGCUGAGGAGAUACUCAAACCUGUCGGGAAGAUGGAAUUUAUCAAGAAAUUUGAGAGGACUUCUAAAGAUGAUGACGGUGGGAUAGCUCAGCCGAGCUUGUUCGGUAUCGACCAUGCCGCACUGAACCAAAUGAUCCGGACACAAAAUAAGAAAAUUGAGUGUGAGGACGCCCCAUUGACGGGACUGGAAGAUGCUGUAAAUAUCGAUAAGAAGUUUGCACAAUUCCGAGCGUUCAUGAAGAAGAGAAAACUGAGCAAAGCCGAAAGGAAACAAGCAGCAUUCUACAUGGGAGAGUUGGAUUCGUACAAAUCAAAUCGGCUUAGGAAUCUUAGAGAUGAUGUACAAGAUGAAGAAACAUCGGAAGUAAACAUUAAAGAUCUCGACUCUGAUGAUUAUGAGGAAUACAAGGACAAGUAAACAAUAUAUAGAUCAAUAGAGACAAAAUUGACUUCACUUGUUUUUAAUUGCAAUCCACUGAAACAAUUGUGUCAAACAAUACAGCCUUUAUGGUAAUAAUAGGUUUAGUGAAGGCGGUGGACACUUUUACUCAACAUAAUUAUUAGCAUAAAACGUUACUUGGUAACGAGUAAUGGAGAGCUGUUGAUAGUCUCAAACAU